AUGGCCCCCCGCUCUCCCUUUCCGCCCAUUGUCUGCAUCGUCGACUUUCACCACGCCCGGGGCCCUGAAGUAGAGACGUGGAUCGGUGUCGAACAUGGCUCUGAUCCCUCAGCCGAGAAUGACUGGCCGCUGCUGCCGUUCAUGGCCUUGUCCGACGGCGCCCACGCGGCCACCGAGGACUUCUCUUACUUUACACUGAGACACGAGAAGACGGCUGACAGCCCCGCCACCUCCCUCUUCGGCAUCGCCUGCACCCGCCAGCUCGGCGCCGACGAGCUCAUCAACCGCCCGGCCGACGUCACUCGUUCCACCGUCCAGAAGGCCGUCGUCGUCAUCUCCGACAGCCCACAACACUUUGGUCACUUGCGCGAGAAGCUCUCGGUUGUCACAAAGGCUUGGUUUGCCCAGAGGGACUUUACCGACCUGGAAAUCCUCCAGCGAUUCCAAGAGAGUUUAGCCAAGACUUUCAAGGACCGGGAACAUGAGCGGGACCAGUUCUUCGGUCUAUCUCUCCGCGAGAUCAUUCGCGAAUUCAAGCAACAGACCCUGGUUCUCUUCAAGUGUUGCCUCCUGCAGCCAAAGAUGCUCUUCUUUGGUUCAAACUGCGAACGCCUGUGUCUCCUCCAGUUUUCGUUGGUCUCGUUGAUUCCCAAUCUCAUCCGCCAGCUCCACGAUUGCGCCGAUCCAGCCUUCAACACAUACGAGGAAAAUCUGCAAAGACCAACAUCUUUGAAGACAAGCGAGCGCGCAUCGUUAUUGGCGUACAUGGGACUACCUCUGCAGCUUUUUGGGAAGGGAAGCUUAUUUGGGCCUUACACUCCGCUUCAGCAGCUGGACCUGCUUGCUGACAGGGACACCAAAUCUUACAUUGUUGGUUCGACCAACUCCCUGUUGCUGCAGCAGAAGGACCGGUACAGUGAUAUCUUGAUCAAUCUUGAUGAAGACACUAUUACUAUUUCCUCGCCUUCGCUCCGCACCGCUCUUGGUCUGUCUACUCCGGAUCGCCGAUGGAUUGAUUUCUUGACCCAGCAAGUCAAUGACACCUGGGACGAAAACAACCCUGGACGGCCCAACACGCUUGGCUAUGCCGGUAGUGAGGAGUUCAUCCGCCUUCAGUUCGAGGAAUAUCUCCUGGCCCUACUCUCGGCGACAAAGUAUCGAUUAUAUCGCGAAGCCCACAAGGACGACCCCAAGGGCCCUGUCAUUGAUGAGAUAGAUGGCGAUCCUUCGGCUGAGUUCAACAAUGAGUUCAUGCAUUCAUGGAUGAGGACGGAGAACUUCCGCAUCUUCAACCAGAACACGGACGAGCACCUUUUCGACAUUGUCACUCCCGAACAUCCUUGCAGCGGUGGUCUUACCAUGGAGGAUGUGCAACGGCGGUUGAAUGCUCAAGUCCAAGCGCUACACCUCGACGAGCGGUUCGCUCACGGAAAGAAACAACUUGCCGAAGGCCAAAAGAAGGUCUCUACGGCCUUCAACAACCUGUGGAAUGACAUCGAGUCGAUGCGUGAGGCGCAGCGUAAGAAGGCCGAGGAAGACAAACGCAUCGCGGCAGAGAAAGCGGCGGCAGAGGCGAUAGACGGCCGCAACUCACCCACGGCAAGCGUGGCUGGUAGCACACGGACUGAACGCGCGAGUGCUUACCUCUCAUCCUGGAGUCAGUGGGCGUCGGAGAAACGAGCUGGUUGGCGCAAGUCGACGGCCUCGGACAAGUCGGCCUCGUCUCCCGUCCCACUUGCGUCGCCUACUGGGAGCACUGCCUCGCUUGCCUCACCGAUCGAAAGCAAGAUUCUUUUUGAUGGAAGGGCAUCGCUUGAUGGAUCCACGAAGGCCUCUAUGGAGACGACAAGGGACAGCACACAUGAGAGAACGCAUUCUACGUCUGUGACGGAGAAUGGCUCGUCUGCCAAAGCCCGGGAUUAUGAUAGCGAUGACGAACGUGAAACGCAAGCGCAGAAGGAGGAGCGGGAGAGAACCGAGAUUGACGAGGAAGUGGAACGAGCGAGGCAGGCUUGGGGAGCGGCCUGA